GAUUCUUUCGGCCAUCCGCCAGCGAUUCACUGGCUUCAGAGGUAUGAGGUGUCCUACGAUCUUGAGACACUGCCGCCGACGCUUAUAGAACCAGUGCCGGGCUUUACAAAGCAGGCACUGCGGGUGUCCUACACACUGCAAGAGGACAUGUUCCCAGAGUCGGUGUGGCUGACGAUGACCUUCAUCGGGGCUUUUCCGAGCUUCGGCCAGCAAGUGCAGGACACAAACUCGCCGUACGAGAUCCAACUGAGCCAGGACCUCACUCGCCAGGGCACCUAUGCUUUCGAUCUGAACCUGGGCGAGCUGAAUGCUGACUUAGCUGGAAGGAGAUCGCCAUAUGUCCGUCGUGUGCUCACAGCCAGUGGUAUCGGAGGGCCUGGCACACGUCUGGUUACUGGAGGCCGAUACAACGUGACCUUGCGAGUUGCCGACCGGUACAACAAUGCGCCGAUGUUUGACCAAGUCUCUGACAUCGACUUCGUUUGGGACAUUGCAACGGAAGUGACCCAAGUUGCCGAGCCGACCACAGUGCUGAACAGUCCCAUCGUCAUUGAGUACACCCUGACAGAGCGUGCCCUGCCAGGCUCACUGCGAUUUGACAUCAUCUGGCUGCGAAGCUUGGCCCCAGUUCUGGGCAUGCCGAACCCGAAGGCAGACCCUCAAAGUCCGCACAGCUUCGUCGUCUAUCCCGCGAAGGAACAGUCGAGCAUUGACGGGAUAUCGUCCAACAUCCUGAGGUUGAGCCCUUCCAACCUCUUUCGCGACAUCAACGACGAGGCUCUGCCGCACCCGGACAUCAGAAUCUUCGAGUCAAAAGGAACCCCGGUCUAUUCCUACUUGCAGCCGCUCUCGGAGUACCUGCUGUCCAUCUCAUACCAGGACCUCUUCGAGAACUCGAGGAGUUACUUGAACCGUACCUUGCAGACAAACUUCACCGUGCCUUUUACACCCCGAGCUCCGACUUUGAAAAGCAGGACCACCAGCUCCUUGGAGGUUGCCUGGGUGAGGGGCUUCACCGGCGGCAUGCGUGGACAGCUCAGACAGUCGGUCUCUCGCCUGGGCCUGGGGGAGCCUGCAGCAUCCAACAGAGGCAUAACGGCCUACGACCUGCAGCUUCAAAUGGCCCCGGGCCCACCGACCUCGUGGUGGAACGGUCCGGGUCUGAAGGCAGUACCGGCAGUUCCUGGCAGCGAUCUGUCCUUCUGGAACUGGUCACCUGAGCGACUCUGCAGCCAUUUCGGACAGUGCCUUGAGAAGGUGAUAAGGACGUCCUGGGAAGCAGCAUCAGUCCAACAGUCCUUGCUCUGUGAGGCGUGCACCGGGCCAGCUCAGAGCAUCAGUGCACCCCCAGGUCUCGUGGCCGAUGCAACCUGGCCAAGGUCAACCCUUCCUUUGCAGACGCCACCCAUCUCUGUGCCCUGUGCACCCCCGGCCAACCCACCACCGGAGAUCGCGGGCUCCGAGCCGCGUGCCCCUCCGGGCUGGGAUUCCAAUGCAGGACCUGGCAGUGAAGAACCACCCCGGCCACUAGGCACCCUUCUGCCGAUGACCGAUGAGGAGAAGCAGCGCCAGGCGGUGGUGGAGAAGGCCAAGGCACAAGGAAUCCCCCUGAAGGUCCGCCUGCCCGACGCAGCGCUGAGCGUGGUGCGCCCACUGUGCCGUCCCCAGCCACCUGAGAUCACCCGAGCCACAACAGACAUCAAGUAUGCGAAUACACGGCGACAGUAUUUCGCCAGGGUGCCGGGCUGCCCGGCGAAAAAAAGACUCCCGUGGCCGGACGUGAUGGAGGAGAUCUAUGAGUCACAGGCUGUCGCCAUGGAGUCGUACAAGCGCAGCUCUGCGUACUAUUCCACACCGCCCGAGGCAGAGGCAGGUGCCUAUCUGCUUCUGAACUGUACAGCUAUAUGUGGCGCAAGGUAG